AUGGUGGUCUUUGGACACAACAUAGAUGCCUGUACCACGGUCCAGGCUCUGCUCUCUCUGGGACUCCCUGGUCCUCAGAUCCACCUGGUCCUGGUCCCGUCUGAGUCCGGCCCCUGGCUCCUGGACCCCGCUGUGGACCAGGCCGUGAUCGGCAUUAUGGAGACAGUUCACAUCCAGGUCUACCAGAACUGUGAGCUCCAGACCAUCAGGACCCAGGAGAACCGGGUGACAGGAGUGACCUUCAGCUGCAGAGGAGAAACUAUAGAGAUCUGCUGUGGGGCCCUGGUCUGCCUCUGCUCACCUGGUCUGGACCGUCGGAUGCUGCGUGCUCUCCUGAACUCCUUCCUGGUCUUUGAUGGACGUCUGGUAGUGGACAGCUGCUUCCGCACGUCUGACCCCUGGAUCUGUGCGGCUGGAACUAUGACCAAGUACAGCAGGAAGUACUACAGUGAGGAGUGGAGCCACCAGAGAUACUGCUCUACACAGAUCGGACAGGAUUUUGCUCGUCAGAUUCUGCUGUUUUUCGACCCGACGUCAAAACCACGAGAAGAGAGUGACCUGCUGCCACUGUACAACAGGCCAAAGGUCACAGGUGGAGUUCUGCCUGGAGCGCUGCACUUCCUCCAUGUCACCAAACCCUCUCCCUCUGAACUCAACUCUGUACCAUAUCUGAAGGACAAGGUUCUGGUCACUGGGGAUCCCGCCUCAGGGUCAUAUUUCCGUCUGCAGCUGGACGACUGUGAGCGAGUGGAGACCAUCACCUGUGUGGCACACAAACCCCUCCCCCUCCACAACCUGCUCUGUCUGUACGGACAACAGCAAAGCCUGCUGGGAAAUCUCAGCCGAGGACAGGUGUCCGACCUGUACAGCUUCUUCAGGCAGAGCUGGUGCUUGGCAAUCUUCCAUGAUCGGUUCACUGAUUUCCAACUGGAGCUGCGGGCCCUGGCUAACCACUCUGCCGCUGAGACACAUGGACAGGAGCAGAGACCUUCAGAGGACCUGGACCCAGAGACCAGGACCGAGAUCCGCUCUGCUGUGGUCCGGUACCUGAGCUACAACCGUAACCUGCUGCCAAUGUUCGCUCUACCGGGGCAUCUGUGA